AUGGCUCUCCACCUCUCUCUAUCCCUCGCAACUCUCAGCAAGCUCCUUCCUUCUGCUUUCUCUCCCAGACUACGUUCUGUCAUCUACUUGCUCAGGCUCUUCAUAUUCUUCGUUUCUUCUUUAUUCUUCUUCAUCGUUAUUCUUUCAUCUUUAUCUCGUUUUUCUUCUAUCUCUCUUCUUCACCAUUCCUUAUACUUUUAUCUCUUCUUCCUCAUCCAUUCUUUUUUAUUAAUAAAAAAAAAAACCUUCUUUUAUCACUUCUUCUAUUCGCCAUUCCUCUUUUUAUCUUCUUCUUUAUCUGUCUUCUUUUUAGUCGUUGCUUCUUCUUUUAACUAUCUUCUUCGUCAUUUUUUCUUUGCUUAUUUCUCUUUUUCUCCGCCACUCCUUCUUUUUUUUUCUUCUUCUAUCUUUUUCAUUUCCCUCAUUUGCUUCCCGAUUUUAUUGUACUUUUUCUUCGCUUUCCUUUUUUAUUCUUUUUCGUCUUCUUAUGUUUCUCCUCCUUUUUCUUUUCUUCUUCUUCUUCUUCUUCACUCUUUCAUUUUAAUUUUUAUUUCUUCUUCUCGUUUUUCUUUUUCGUCAUUCGUGCUAUUUUAUGCUUCUUUUUUCUUUCCUAUUCAUAUUUAUUCUUUUUCCUUCUUCCAUUAUUUUCAUUUCUUUUUAUUUCUUUCUUGCUUUUUUUCUUUUACAUAUUUUAUCUUUCUAUGCUUUUUUCUUUAUUUAUUUUCUUUCCUUCUACAUAUUUCAUCUUUCCACACUUUUUCUUCUUUCGUUCUCUUUCUUUCUUUCUCUCUAUCUCUUUCUUUCUUUAUCUCUCUCUCUCUUUCUCUUUUAAUUCUCAUGACAUUCAUCACUACCAGCAAUGACUGUAGCAGUAGUUCUGUAGCAAUUCAGCUACUUCUACUCUGCUAA